AUGAGAGAAGGCGACGUCUUGCCCUUCGACGACAACAAAAACAUCCACACCCACCACCGACGCCGCUCAUCAAAGAUACCCAACCUCUCUUUACCAGGCCAACACGACAACCCAGAGCCCGUCCGACACGUCUCGCCCCCUCCCCCCUCCUCCCGGCCUCUGCCGCCCUGGCUCGCGAAGGCGUGUAGGAACAUGCAUCCGUCCUCCCUCAGGCAGCUCCUCAUCAUAUCUGUCGUCCUCACAGUCUGCCUCUUCCUCUACAGCAGACGACUAUGGGCCGUCCCGAUAUCACAAACCCAUGACGAGUGGGCAAAACCACCCCCCGCCCCCGUACAAGACCAGUCCUCCACAGACCCUACCAUCCCAAGACCGCCAGACGCCGAAAAGGUCGAGCACCAGACGCCUUUCCAGCAGGUCCCCUACCACUGGAACGACUACCAACCCCUCCAAGGCUUCUUCCACGGCGUCCGUACUCUCGUCGACUACAAGCGAUGGGUUCCCGAACAGCUUCAGGAUUCCCUCAACCUCAAGGUCGCCGACAAGAACCCCCUACAGCCCACCGUCGCGAACCCCUACGCCCAUCUCGAUGGCGUCCAGACCUGCUUCCUUGACGAGCUGGAUACCGUCCCAGCUCCCGACACCGUCUCCUACCCUGGCAUCCCUGCCAGCAUGCCCGCGCCCUACUUUGGCGGCUAUGAAGAGCUUGGUCUGGCCCCAAACCAGUGCUUUGAGCGCUUUGGCAGGCUCGGCCCCUAUGGUUAUUCAUACCCAAAGUCAGAGGGCGGUUUCGAGCUCGAGUCUGUCCCAUCAGACGAGCCAGCGCUGGACAAGAUGAUACCCAGGAUCAACUACGCCAACAUCAAGUGGGACCAGGUGCAGAAGAGAUGUCUCGAGAAGAACAGAGAGCGUUUCGGGCUGGACAAGGACGCCCUGAACAAGCCAGACGGCGCCCUGUCGAGGCUGUGGUCCCAGGCCGAGAAGAUUGCUGGCAAGAAGUCGCUGUCCCGGAAUGCCCUUAUCCUGCGCGCCUGGACAGGCAUCGAGUGGUCGCCCAUGCGCAUCAUCACCACCAGGUCCCUCAUCACCGAGUUGUCCCUCAAGACGGGCGGCCAGUACGAUGUCCACAUCCUGAUGCACGUCACCGAUGACUCGAUCGACAUCUCCAACCCCGAGACCGCGCGCAAGAUGGUCCAGGAGAACAUCCCCGAGGAGUUCUGGGACAUCACCACCCCCUGGUCCGUCCCUGCAAUGACCGAGUACUACCCUGGCUUCACCGAGGACAUGACCAUCGAGAACGACAGCGGCAAGCCGCUCUACAGUGUCUACCGCAUCCCUCACUUUGCCCUCCAGUGGUUCGCCCAGCACCACCCCGAGUACGACUUCUUCUGGAACUGGGAGACGGACCUGCGCUACACGGGCAACUACUUUGAGUUCUUUGACGCUGCUGCCAAGUGGUCUGACAAGCAGCCGCGCAAGUACCUGUGGGAGCGCAACGAGAGGUACUGGAUCCCCGGCCUGCACGGGAGCUGGGAGGAUUUCGUCAAGCACGUCGAGGCCGAGACCAAGGCCAGCAACUUCCCGAGCCCCUGGGGCCCCAUCUUCAACGACGGCGUCGUGGACACGUCCACCUUCCCACCCCACCCCAUGGACAAGGACAACUACGAGUGGGGCGUGGGCGAGCCCGCCGACCUCAUCACCCUCAACCCGCUCUUCGACCCCGAGAAGAACGCCUGGUGCCUGCGCUACGACAUCACCGGCUACAACAAGUCGGUCCCGCCCCGCCGCACGUCCAUCAUCACCAUCGGCCGCUUCUCGCGCCGGCUGCUGCAGGCCAUGCACGAGGAAUCCUCCCGCAACAAGCACACCAUGUUCCCCGAGAUGUUCCCGGGGUCCAUCGCGCUGCACCACGGCCUCAAGGCCGUCUACAUCCCGCACCCCGUCUACUUUGACCGCCGCUGGCCACUGGACAGGCUCGACUCGGUGUUCAACAAGGCAGAGACGCCAGAGACGAGCGUGUACUACUUCCCCUUCACCCCCGGCACCGGCGAGGCCAACUUCCUGACCGCCAGCUACUACUACAACACCGAGUUUGGCCCACCACUGUGGCACCGAUGGCUGGGCCGUGAGUCCGGUGGCGCCGGUGGGCCCGAGGCCGAGAAGGAGUCCGGGCGCAUGUGUUUGAGAGGUGCGCUGAUCCAUCCGGUGAAGCAGGAUCUGGCCACAGACAAGGCCAUCGGGGCGACAUAA